ACAGUACGCACAAAAUAUCCGAAAGCCGAAUGUUUAUUACCUAUAAGAACCUGGCGGAGAGAGCCAGAAUUAUCAGUUCCAAUACCUUUGACGCAACUUACAUUCAACAUCAUGACAGUCAUUCGUUCUUCGCUUCUUUUCUUCGCAGUCUCCACGACAUUGUUCACCAACGCAAUGUUGACACUCCCUCGUGAUGUCUCUACACUCACCAAACGCCAAGCCCCUCAGGGUGUGCUCAUCGGGUGUUACAGCGGAGGUGCAGGAGGAUGCCCUUGUCCCAUAGACAAUUUUGGAGAUGAAGGUCUCUUGAUCAAUGUCUUCCCUGGCUACCAAUGUGCCUAUCCAGAAGGCGCAUGUUCCUGGAGCGAUAAGAACGGCGAGUUGCAAAAUGCCUUCCAGGACAAUUGUCAAGCAUCAGCUCCGUGCCCCCCCAGUGGGUGUACCUGCCCUUUGGAUUUGAACAACGACGAAGGCGUCCUGAUCAACUAUUUCACCGGAUAUCAAUGUGCUUAUCCGAAUGGUGCUUGUACUUGGGACGAUGCCGGGACCUUGACCAAUACACGCCAAGGCAACUGUCCUAAGUCUGCGAGGUGCAACCAGUUCAGGCGUGGGGAUUAGGUUCGAAAGUACUUAAUGCUGCUACGAGUAUAGUAACUUAGUAAGAACCAAAGCUCCACGUACGCCAUUCUAACAAUCAGUAUUAAUC